AUGGCCUUCGGACGUCGCAAGAGAAGCGCCUCUGCCCAUCUCCAGCCGCUCUCCUCACCCGCUGCGCAAUCCGCCCAGUCCGCCGCCAGCCAUGCCUUUCUAAAAUCACAACCCUCUAAUGCGAGCCUCUCCUCCGCCGCCGCCGCAGCGGCUCUACGCAACCUCACACCCACCCCGACCCAGAUCGAAAAUGUCCAGACGAAGCGGAUGGUCGAGCGCCGCGCCUCGACCCAGUCGCAGGCCCCGAACGGUCGGCGCUCCGCCAGCGCAAGUGCCACGCUCCGUCGCUCCGCCAGCAACAGCUCGAUGACGGGUCGCACCUUUCGCGACCAAUCCCCCGGUCGCCCGGCCACGAGCUCUGGUCCGGCUUCCCCGCCGAAAGAUGUGCCCCCGCUACCCUCGUUUCCCUCCCAAUAUGCACCGCGCAAGCAGCCCGGUCGCCGCACGCUGAGCAUGGAGCCGACGAUGCGGUCGCCUCCGGGUUCGCCUCCCCGAUCGGGAGCUCGGGAGCAGGGCAGAGGGUCUCCUAUCCACAUGGCUACGCACCAGCGCGUGACCAAUCUCGGGACGCUGCCUGAAUUGGAGCGGUCGGGGAGUCGCAACUCGGUGAAUUUCUCGUAUCCCACUGGCUCGCGGCCAACGUCGCCUUCAAUUGAGAAUACUACGAUGAGUCUGCAGGGUGCGAUAGAAGAGGUCCCUGAGCCCGCUCGAGAGAAGCCUCUGCAGGAGAGAACCCCGAACAGACCGAAACAGGCAUCUAGCAGUGUCGAGGGAAGCCCCGCGGCUGGCAAGUCGGGUCGUUUGGCUGGCAGCGCUGCCGCUGCCGCACUCGCAGUCGGCGCGCAAAAAGACAGCUCCAAGGCGGCCGAGCAGCGGACUAUAGCGCCUGCUUCGAUUGAUGUCGAACAUGCACGCAACACAGCAGUCAUCCCUGAACGGGACACCUCGUCCCGGGCUCUCCCUGAACGAUGGCCCUCGACGGUCAAGGAGGAACCUGACGAUAAGGAGAUCCAAACACGUCAAGGCAGGAACCGAAUGUCAACUGCAUCACCCGAUGCGCCAGCGCUGGCAGCGCCUCAUUCGCCUUCGGGCCUGCAGCCUGAGCCACAUCUCCGCCAGUCGAGCAGCCCAGGUCGCUCCGCUCGAUUCGCCAAGUUGCUUGAAGUGACCGGCACCGGUGAUCAGGUGCACCAGCCUCCGCCGAGAUCGGUCUCUCCCGUCAAAUCGGCACUCAAACACUCGAGGGGGUCUUCUCUUUCCCCAGAUAGGAGACUCUCGGUGACCGGGCGCGUUCACCCCUCAAGCGAGCUAUCGGACGGGACCUCUGUGGCUUCAGACGAAGGGUCUCGGAUCGGUGCCAAGAAGAAGGCUGCCAAAGUCAGUUUCGACGACGAGGCCGAAGUUGUUGGCGUAGCAGCCAGUCCCCCUACCUCGCCCGAGGAGUACACACCCGAGUCACCACCGACCAAGGCCAAGUCUCGUAUGAGCUGGCUCGGCGUUGGCAAGAAAACAACGCCCACGGAAUUUGCCAGUGACGAUGAUUGGAACGUUGUUAUCAAACCGCGCCAGGAGCUUCCAUCCUUUGGUAGCAUUCGUGGGAAUAGAGACGGGUUAAAGCGAUCUCCCAUCCCAGAUUUCAGCGACGAGUCCAGCUCGUCUGAAUCCGAUGUGGAACCGAAGCAGACAAAUCAUGCUGUUGGAGAGCUUCCCAAAGCUCCAGAUCAUGGGUACUUUCCUUCUACCGAUGCCAAUGUCUUGGAGCAGUUGUCUAUAUAUGGUGCGCAACCAGCUGCGGACGUGACAAAAGACGCAAAAACUACUGAUGAAACUGAGCAGCCCACUGCAGACUCAGAACUCUCCGUCCCUGCGAUCGCUGUCGAGCCUGCUACUCCUCCAGCAGAAGAGCACAAGCGGAGCUUCGACUCCAAGAGAUCUAGCAUGGACCAGUACCAGAUUCCAGGCGGGUUCCCACCCUCUGGCUCAGAGCGCAGCUUGAAGUCAGCGAAAAAGACCAAGGCCCAGACUGUGGCGAGCGCCGUUCCCAAGCUGAACGACGCGGAUACCGACGAGGACUACAGCGACAGCAUCUACAGUGAUGCCGCCGAAGACAUCGAUGUUGACGUCGACGGUGACGGUUAUGGAUCCAUCAAUGCCAUUGUCGAUAGGCCGGCUCCAACGUCUGCACCUACCCGACCUCUGGAGACAGUUGCCGAAUCCCGAGAGGCAACGCCAAAGCCCGUGAACCGUACCUUGAUUGACAAAGACGCCCCUGAGCUUCCCCAGCCUCGCACGGUCACGCCAACCAACCAUCCAGAGGAAUCGCCUGCGUCUUCACCGGGCGAGCCUGCACCUCCGCAACCCAGAGCCAUUCGCAACAUUUCAAGUCAAAAUGGCAGUCCCCAGGCACAGUCGAGUCGUGUUCGCCCCAUUUCAAUGGCUGUGGACACUAGCGGCGCAUCUCGCACCCAAGACCGAUGGUCCAGCAACGAGGCCUCUCCUCAGAGCGCCCAGGGCAAGCCACGCCCACUCUCUAGUCUCCGCCGGCAGACGUCCAACGGGAGUGAUUCAUCGAGCAGCUUCAAGCGAUCCUCUCCUCGAGGAGACGCAGUCACGAUGCGUCGGACCAUGCGCGCCGGUGCAGGGAGUCCCCGAACCCAGCCUGAACGCAACGAGUCCCCACUCGAUCACCGACCCAUGUCGGCAGGCUCUUCAAACGGCACGAUGCGCAAGACCCUUCGCGGGCCGGCUGGGGGUGAGCGUUACUCAUUCUUCUCGACCAACAAAAAGGCGCCCCCAAGAGCAAAGUUCACAAAACCGCCCCCCAAGGCCGCUCGGUCAACGCGAUUCGCCAACUCAGAUGGUGAAAACGAGGACGAGGCCCGCCUUCAGUACUUCACCAGUCGAUUUGCCGACUCCAGCGACGAAGACGAGCCCCGUGGCAAUGCACUUCGUCCCGUUCGCGGUAUCCCCCGCCGCCAAGGUGCCGACGACGGCGACUCCACCGAGCUGGAUGACAGCUCUGAAGAAAGCCCACGUCAGCAGGCACACAGGGCCACUGCCCCUGUAGCCAUUGCCUCACCACCGCGCUCCCGCGGCAAGAACGCACCGCAGAGCAUGUCAGGAAUGGCAGCGGUGGCCAAACAAAGAGGCAUGACGCAGAGGGAUCUGGAAGAGUUCAUCAUGGCGCCCCCUAGCAGCCGCAAACCGGGCCUUCUCACGCGUCUCGGUAUAAAGAAACCCAAAAACUCAGACCACCGGAUCCGCAAAUCCGACGCUGAAAGCCCUUCGCGAAGAGACACCCCUUUAGAGCGCUCCCGCAUGGAACUUGACGAAGUGCGCGACGGUCCCGCGAAUGGAAAUUAUACCACAGUCACAUCCAUGGGAAGUCCCCAAUCCCCUCACUCGAAACUGGUGAAGAGGAACUCCAAACGCCAAUCCACAGGGCCUGAAUCGUGGCCGCUGAGUCCUACAGUCAGAGACGAGCCUCUCCACCCAGUCGCAGAACAAUCGCUCGACGUCCCUUCUCCUUUCCACGACGCAUCUCAACCCGCGAGGGCAGCUCGCAAUGAGAGCGUCGUCAAUGGAGGUCCUGCUGCAGUCCCCGUUACAAAAGAGGCCGACGAGCCCCGCAGCCCAGAUCUGAACCACGAUAGCGCUUCGGAAAUAACCAACCCGGAAGAACAUGGUCAAUCCGCUCGCGACGUCGUGAUCGCUGGCUCGGGUCGGAAGAAACGCUUCCCUCUCCUCCGCAAAGCUUUCGGUCUGCGCGCUUGA